CAUGUCCUGUGACCACUCAGUCUAUUCAGCAGUCAGUUGGUUGCGAGCUUGGUUCGACUACCACCCAAGCUUUUGAUGUGACUGGCAUGCGCGCUCUGAUCAGCCUCUUGGAUCGCGUGAUGGCAUGUCAGAAUGUGCAGUCUGCAGCCCCGGCAUCUGCAACUUUGCAGCAUUUUAACCGCGUGCCCUCCCUUAAGAAGGGUUGUCAGGUCUGUGGCAACACUGGUCAUUCCACUCACAUGCACUGCAGGAGAGAGAAUCUCUGUCACCCAAGUUGCAGUGAAUGACAAGGUUAACUUGAGGGGCAUGAUGGAUUCCGGGUCCAUGGCUUGCACUAUGAGUGAGGAGGCCGAGAAGUUGCUUAGAGAAGCUGGAGCUCUUGUGAGUGAACCACAGUCAGCAGAACGUAUUGUGCUGGUUGGCUGUGGUGGGAAGCAGACCCACCCGAAAUGUGUUUAUGACUUGGCACUUACUGUCCACGGUGUGAAGUGCAUGGUGCCAGUCUUGGUGGUGUCGGGCCAGCGCGAUGAGCUCAUCAUUGGCUCCAAUGUCCUCAAGUACCUGAUGCGAGUUAUGAAACAUUCUGAUGACUAUUGGAAGCUUGUGUCUGUGGGGAGCAAGCACUCGCUCCUUGACUAUGAGCACUUCUUGGACAUGAUGUCGUGCACCACCAGAUGGAGGGGUGAGGAGGUUCCUGACAAAAUUGGCACUGUGAAACUGCCUCGUGCUGUGACACUACUCCCACAGUGUGAGCAUCUGGUAUGGGGCAGGCUGCCCAGCAAUGUGCCAGUCUCUCCAGGCAGCACGAUCAUUGUGGAACCUUGCACCUCUGGGUCUGGGCCGAGAGACGUUCUCGUUGGCCGGGUGAUCACAUCCAUGUGGGGUGAUCGGUGGGUGCCGUUGAAGAUGACCAAUCUCUCCGCAAAACCAGUGACCUUGAAACGCAACUCGAGGGUUGCUGUUGUUUCAUCUUGCCUUGCGGUGGAGGACCUUGAUUUCCCGCAGGACUCCUGCAAGGUGGCGAGUAUGGCCCAGGCACAAGUCAGUGGGCCAGCCGCUACCGAGGCUGACUUGAAUGACAGGUUGUGUUCCCUCGGUUUGGGUGAUCUUGACAUUGACUCAUGCCAUGCCAGCUUACAUUCAAAGAGAGAGCUUGUUGAGCUAGUUGAGCAGUAUGAGGACAUCUUCUCUAGACACCCGCUUGACUGUGGCGAAGCUAAACGCUUUGUACAUCGGAUCCACCUGACUGAUGAACGCCCAUUCCGCAUGCCUUACAGAAGAGUGCCUCCUGCUCAUUACCAACAACUAAGGCAGGUACUCACUGACAUGGAGGAGAAAGGGAUUAUUCGCAAAUCCAUCAGCGAGUAUGCAUCCCCCCUCGUCAUGGUCUGGAAGAAGGACGGUGGAUUGCGGAUUUGUACGGACUUCAGGUGGUUGAAUGCGCGAACUCUUAGGGAUGCGCACCCACUGCCUCACCAAGCGGAUUGCCUUGCCGUGCUUGGGGGCAAUGCCUUCUUCAGCACGAUGGAUUUAACUUCCGGGUUUUACAACAUUCCAAUGUGUGAGGAGGAUAAGAAGUACACCGCUUUCACAACGCCUGUUGGCCUGUACGAAUACAACCGGAUGCCACAAGGGCUCUGCAAUAGCCCGGCUUCAUUUAUGCGCAUGAUGCUGAACAUCUUUGGUGACCUCAACUUCACCAGUCUGCUCUGCUACUUGGAUGACCUCCUGGUCUUUGCUCCCACUGAAGAGGAAGCCCUGUGCCGGCUCCGAGCUGUUUUUCAGAGGUUGAGAGACAACAAUCUCAAGCUGAGUCCAAAGAAGUGUCAUCUGCUGCAGAAGUCAGUCAAGUUUCUUGGUCAUGUCAUCGACCAGACCGGAGUCGCUGUGGACCCAGCUAAGGUGGAAGUGAUUUCUAAGAUGCCAAAGGAAGCUCUGAUGGAGAAGGAUGGUUGCACUCCUUCUGUGAAAAGGAUUAAGUCCUUUUUAGGAAUGGUCUUUUUCUAUCAGUGCUUCAUUCCUGGUUGCUCAGCCAUUGCCAAGCCUCUGUUUGCUCUGACGGCUGGCCAGAAGAGGAAGGGACGGUCUAGUCAGGCUGGGAGGGGUGCUGGCAUGUUCAGGAGGUUGACUGCUGCAGAUUGGAGCCCUGCGUGCGACAAGGCCUUUCAUAAACUGAAGGAUGACCUCCUUAACUGUGCCGUGUUGGCUCAUCCUGACUUUUCACGACCGUUCAUUUUGUCUGUGGAUGCUUCUCUGGAUGGACUGGGAGCGGUUUUAUCACAAUUGCCUAUCGACGGGGAUAAGGCACGCCCUAUUGCUUUCGCGAGCAAAGCGUUAAGCAGGUCGCAGCAGAGAUACCCAGCCCAUCGCCUGGAGUUCAUGGCCCUGAAGUGGAGCAUCUCUGAAAAGUUCAGCCACUGGUUGAAGGGGCACGAGUUCACAGUAUGGACUGACAACAACCCGCUCGUUCAUAUAUUGACCAAGCCCAAGCUGGACGCUUAUGCACAAAGGUGGGUGGCCAAGCUGUCAUCCUACAACUUUGAUUUGAGGUACAUCCCAGGUCGAAAGAAUGUUGUAGCAGAUGCACUCAGUCGUGACCCCUUCACCUAUUCUAUUGGUGGGCGCUUACUUCAGGAGCCCUAUGAGCACUUGGUGCGGAAUGCAGAAGGUGCGGCGGCUCAUGAGGUGCAGGACGCUUUCAGGUUUGGUGUCCAAAAUCUUCAGGUCGCCCAACAACCUGCUCCAGCUCUGACCUCGGAAGAUUCCUACAGCUUGUCGGAAGUCAAGGCUACCUUGGUUCACCAUGAUUACUGGGAAACCGCUGCGGAGAAUAGAGCUGUCUCCCUUCUCCACCUUGUUCAGCAGUUGCAACCAGUUGGCAAUGAUGUACUGCCAUCACUUACCUUGCAUGAGCUGGAGGACCACCAACUUCAAGAUCCUGUCAUCUCCGCUGUCCUGCCACUCAUAGCCCGCAGGAGGCGCCCUUCCAGGCGUGAGAGACAUGAUAUGGAUUCCAGGGCACUGGCCUUAUUGAAGCACUGGGAGAGGUUCAAGAUCCGGGAUGGCAUUCUCUACAGGGAGACGAGAGACCCUGUGAGCAAAACGAAGAGACUCCAGUUGGUGUUGCCAGCGAAUUUACGGGCGCAGGCCUUGAAAGGUGUCCACGAUUUGGCAGGGCACCAGGGACAAGUUCGGACCCUCCACCUAGCAAGGCAACGCUUUUUCUGGCCCAAUAUGGAGAGGGAUGUGAAGGAGCAUGUUCGGUGCUGUGGAAGGUGCAUACUUGCCAAGACUCCAGAGCCUGCAGCACGAGCCCCAUUAGAGAGCAUUAAGACCUCUGCUCCCAUGGAGCUCGUCUGCAUUGACUUUUGGUCAGCAGAGGACAAAAAGAAGCGCUCUGUUGAUGUGCUUGUGGCGACUGACCACUUCACGAAGAUGGCCUUUGCUUUCCCGUGCAAGAAUCAGACUGCCAAGCAGGUUGCCAGAAAGUUGUGGGACUUUGUUUUUUGUGUAUAUGGUUUUCCUGAGCGUAUUCACUCAGACCAAGGUCCCAGCUUUGAGAGUGAAUUAUUUUCUGAGCUUCUGCAGAUUUCGGGCGUUGCCAAGUCUCACACUACUGCUUAUCACCCUAUGGGAAAUGGUGGCACGGAGCGGUUCAACCGCACACUUGGCAAUAUGCUGCGAGCUCUCCCUCUCAGAGCCAAACAGGAAUGGCCGCAGCAGAUUCAGACAUUGACCUUUGCUUAUAACGCAACUGUUCACGAGACUACUGGAUAUGCCCCAUUCUACUUGAUGUUCGGCCGUGUCCCACGACUACCGGUCGACGUUAUGUUCAAGUCUGUUUUGCAUGAUCCCAUUGUGGUGGACUUUGACAGCUACUCCAAGCUUCUUCUGUCAUACUUGUCUGAGGCUGCCAAGAUCGCCCGGGAGCACACCAGCAAUGAGCAGGAGCAUCAGGCUCGUCAGUACAAUAAGAAAACCAAGGGUGUGUCUCUGAAUGUUGGGGAUCGCGUGCUGCUUGCCAAUAAAGGCGAGCGGGGCAAGAAGAAGCUUGCAGACAAGUGGGAACCUCGGGUUUAUACUGUUGUGGAGAGGCAUCCCAGGACCCACAUCUACAGGAUCAGUGACUCUUCAGGCCAGAGUAAGGUUGUACACAGAAACCUUCUGUUGGACGUGAGUUUCCUUCCUGUUCAGGAUUCAUUGGGAAGUCAGUCUCUGGACGUUUUCUCCAGUGAGGGGGAUCUCAGUGCUUGUGGGGAUGUGGAGGACCCUGGCAGUCUAGAGACAGAGUCUACCGCAGCAAGGACUUCCUUGUGGGUCCUUUCGGAUUUGAGCCAUGGGGUGGAUGUGGAUUCUGUGGCAGGAGAGCAUGCCUCACAGUCUACGGAUCGUCAGCACGGUUCAUGUGAUGGUGCGGACGUGGACAAUACCUUACCUGACUCUCAGACUUGCACGACUCACACUUCAGCAAGCCCUUCUGGUCAGGCCCAGCACUUUGCUCUUCCUACUCCAGUUGACUGUUCCGCUACCUCUGAUGUGACACAGUCUGGCACAGUUUCUGCUCCAGGUGCCUGUCAUGGGGACGCUGCUGUUCCGCAGACUGUUCCUGUUUCUGGCUCAGACAUAAAUCAGACCUCUGGUCGGCCGUAUCCUGGGCAGCCGUCCGACUUGCCAAGACAUGACCCUGACCGUGCCAAUGUUCGAGGCAGCGUGGUUACCAGAGCAGGUCGGGUGGUAAAGUCAGUCAACAGGCUGAUAGAAAACAUGGUCCAGAAGCCGAUUACAUGGGGCCUGUUACCGCCACGGGAGGCUCGGCCUCUGCCAUAGACUGUUUUUUGG